GUAAGAUAAAUAACAACAACUCACUAACACGAAAAAAAAAAGAAGGUAAAAUAUGAACAAAUACCUGACUUUAUCCCUCACUGUCGCGUCGGCUCUCGCGCAGAAGAUUCCAGAUCCCCUCGUAUGCGAGGACACGCCCGACGGAUUGCCGCCGUUCAAAGCGGAUUCCGUACCGUGCCUACUGCGUGAGUUUUUCUUUUCUUUCUUUUUUCUUCUUCUGGUUAGGGUUAGUUGGGAUUGGGGACGGGAUUGGAGUUGGAGUGGAAGUAUCUGCAUAGGUAUAGGGAUAAGAUAACUAAGAACUGAGGUGUCUAAUGCUGUAACUCAGUAGCUGUAAGCCAGGGCUUGGAAUGGCGGAGGUGGUACGAGACGCAGACCGCGGUGCCGAUUACGUCCAGUUCUAGUUUUACGUACACGGCUCCGUUUAGGGCGAGCCCGUCGGAGUUGCCGCAGGGUACAAGUAGCCAGGGCGGGCAGGUGACUCAGACGUCGACGUCGACGUCAGCGUCAACGUCAGCGUCGGGAUCGGGAUCGGGAUCGGGGCCGGUCGUUAGUACAGAGUCUGCUCAGAACACGGGGACGGAUGGUGAAGCUGUUACGUCGCCGACUACUACGGC